AUGUCAACCAUAACCCGUCUCAGCAAAACCAAUCCCGAGCUCGCUGCCAAAAUAUCUCAAAUGGCCCUUCCCCUCGCACCCCUCGUUCGUCUCACAACAGGACAAAUCCAUCCCUCGUUCCCCAAGAAACUUUUGAAUUUCUGGCUUCUCACAUCCGCGGAAUUAGACGAACUCGCGCAUUUUUAUCAUCAGCGCACUCCGUGUCAGUGGACGAUGCAUUAUCCGUGUCCGGUGUAUUGGGACGUAAAUGCGGAUUUGGAGACUAAGAGGAGGAGGCUGGGAAGAUUUAUUGGGUUGAGAGGGUGUGAAAGUCCGGUUGAGAGUGUUGAGGAAAUUGAGAGGAGAGUUAGACAGGAGAGGGUUAGAAGGGCCGAAGAAGAAAUGUUUAGGAAUAAGAAUCAGUGGUAUUAG